AUGUUUCAUGAUCGAGUUCUUGUAUGGCAUGGUCGCAACCAAGCCUGCUGUGGUGGGUGCCUUAGCAAUCUUCAGCAGGUCAUUGAUUGUGGGACAUUCCGUCGAGGGGAAUUUCCAGGAGAGGCCGAGAGAUUUCGCAAUAUAGUUGUGCAUGCUAUAGGCGAUGGAACGCCGCUCCUGACGGUGGCACAACACAAUCAAGGGUGGGACACGGUUACGGGUGUGGAGGUACUGCUCGCACAGGCAUUCGACCAGUUUAUGCUUUGGGCAGGAUUUGAGCCGCCGAGAGAUAUUAUGGCGGAAGUAAUAGUGGUGCUUGUUGGAGAGCGGGCUACUAUGGCGAAAGGCGGCAUGCUUUAA